AAGACGUAUUUUCUUUAUUACAACUCAUACUAUCAUUUUCCGAAAAAAAAAAAUAGCAUUCCUAAAUAUAAUAAGAAAAAUUUAGUCUAGAAGUUGACUUUAUUAUACGAGUUUAUGUUAUGAAAGUGCUACACAAUGCCAGUUACCCCGCCAUUUUCUCUUUCUUGUUGUCCUCCAUUAUCACCUUCAUCAAAUUAAUCCAUAAUCAACGGAGAUUGAUUUCGAAUCUCAAUUGGUAAUAAGAAUCUCUCAACCGAAUUUUCUUCUUCUUUACUUCCAAAUUUAUACUCCUACUUUCUUACCAUCUUUCUCUUUCUCUUUCUCUUUCUCAUUUAUUCUUACCAACUCAAAAAAAAAAAACUCUCAGCCAAACACGCCGCAAGAUACUGAAAUUCUUACACUAACGUUUCUCUUUCUCUCUCUUCUUUAGCUUUGACACUGUUUCUCUCUCCUCAGUUCUACACUUGUCCUGCUGAUCUCCAGGUGUGAUAAUUGUCACGAAGAUGUCGAUCGAGCAUCCGAGGGCUUCAACCCUACGGAUGGUUGCUCUGCAGAUGACUGUUCUCGUAGUGUCUCUGCUUGUAGUGCCCACUACUCCACAGUCCGCCUCAUUGGAUUCUGCUGCAAUGCAGUCCUUGAAACAGAGCCUAAAGCUCCCUACAAAUGUUGAUUGGUCUGCUCCAGACUCGUGCAAGUGGCCGGGUGUGGCUUGUGACUCGAGCAAUCGGGUCACACGCAUACAAUUGAGAAGUCUAGGGUUGACUGGCACUUUAUCCCCUGCAGUAGGCAACCUCACAAGCCUUGAAGUCCUUGAGCUGAUGAACAACAAAGUAACAGGCCCAUUACCGAGUUUUAAGGGGCUGAGCUCGCUACAGAGGCUAUAUCUUCAUAACAACAGUUUUAGUUCUAUCCCUGAUGACUUCUUUGACGGUUUGACUUCACUCCAGGAAGUAUAUCUGGACAGUAACCCAUUUAGUACUUGGUCUAUACCUCAGGGGCUCAAGGAUGCUUCUUCUUUGAAGAAUUUUUCUGCUAUGUCAGCCAAUGUUGUUGGUAAUAUACCUGAUAUUUUCAACCCUGAUAAUUUCCCAGGUAUAAUCCAUUUGCGCUUGUCCAACAAUAAUCUGACUGGUGGUUUACCCUCGAGUUUUUCGGGUCUUGGGCUUCAGUCCCUGUGGUUAAAUGGGCAAUUGGAUUCCCAUGGUAGUCGAAGUCUUAAUGGGACAAUUGAUGUUUUGCAGAAUAUGACCCAGUUGGUACAAAUAUGGUUGAAUAUGAAUGCCCUCACCGGUCCUAUUCCAGAUUUGUCAAAAUUGGCUGGUUUAGAGGAUCUGAAUUUGAGGGACAAUAGCCUCACAGGUCCAGUCCCUGUUUCUUUGACAAGAAUGUCAUCCCUUAAGGUGGUUAACUUGACAAACAAUGCUCUUCAAGGACCAACCCCUAAAUUUCCUAAUUCAGUAGCUGCAGACAUCUUACCCGACAAGAACAGGUUUUGUUUGCCUGAUCCUGGUGUGAACUGUGAUAGCCGUGUGAAUACAUUGAUAUCAGUUAUGGAACCAUUUGGAUACCCUUUUCAAAUUGCCCAAGAUUGGGGAGGCAAUAAUCCUUGUAAUGGUUGGCGGGGGAUAGCUUGCUCUCAAGAUAACAUUACAACAAUAAAUUUACCGAGUAGGGGUCUAACUGGAACUCUUUCGCCAAAAUUUGCUACUCUUACAUCGGUUAAGACAUUGAUACUUUCACAUAAUAAUAUCACGGGUACCAUACCUGAUGAACUUACAAAAAUGCCUAACCUCAGGACACUUGAUGUUUCUUUUAAUAAUCUUUAUGGUAAUAUUCCAGCUUUUGCCCACACUGCUGUUAAUGCUCGUGGGAAUGCUGAUAUUGGCAAAGAUCAUCCUAGCACAUCCACUGGAGGUGGCUCUUCUGGUGGACCUGGAGAAACCUCUAGAAAAAGUUCCAAAGUUGGAGUAGUUGUUGGAUCAGUUGUUGGUGGUGUAGUCUUUGUUUCUUUUGCUAGUUUAAUGCUAUUUUGUUUCUUGAGAAGGAAAAAGCUCUAUGGGAGGGUACAACAGUCUAAUACUGUGGUGAUCCAUCCAAAUCAUUCAAGGUCUGAUGAUGCUGUCAAAAUCACAGUCACCGGGUCUGGAGUGAAUGGCAAGGCGGUGAGUGAGGACCAAAGUCAGGGGAGCAGUGGCACUAGUGAUGUCCAUGUCAUAGAGACUAAUAACAUGGUCAUUUCUAUUCAAGUGUUGAGGAAUGUGACCAACAACUUUAGUGAUGACAAUGUUCUGGGAAGAGGGGGCUUCGGAACAGUCUAUAAAGGGGAGCUGCCUGAUGGAACCCAGAUUGCAGUGAAGAGGAUGAAUUCUGGAGUUUUAGGAGACAAAGGAUUGGCAGAAUUUAAGUCUGAGAUUGCUGUUCUUACUAAAGUUCGCCAUCGACAUUUGGUUGCCCUCCUGGGAUUCUGUUUGGAUGGAAAUGAGAAGCUUCUUGUCUAUGAGUACUUGCCACAAGGUGAUUUGAGUAGAUACCUAUUUCAUUGGAAGGAUGAGGAAUUGGAACCUCUUAAAUGGAAUCAAAGGUUAACUAUUGCAGUAGAUGUGGCCAGAGGCGUUGAGUAUUUACACAGUUUAGCACAUCAAAGUUUCAUUCAUAGGGAUCUUAAACCUUCUAAUAUUCUUUUGGGAGAUGAUAUGCGUGCAAAAGUUGCAGAUUUUGGACUUGUUCGUCUUGCACCUGAUGGUGGGAAAACCUCGAUAGAAACCAGGCUGGCAGGCACGUUUGGUUACCUAGCUCCUGAAUAUGCAGUAAUGGGCCGCAUAACUACAAAAGUUGAUGUGUUCAGUUUUGGAGUGAUAUUAAUGGAGAUAAUUACGGGGCGGAGGGCACUUGACGAAACCCAACCAGAGGACAGUGUUCACCUGGUGACUUGGUUCCGGAGGAUGUACAUUAACAAGGACUCUUUCCAAAAAGCAAUUGAUCCCACCCUUGAACUCAACGAGGAGACUGUUGCUAGUAUCAAUACUGUUGCUGAGCUGGCUGGCCACUGUUGUGCUAGGGAGCCAUACCAGAGACCUGAAAUGGGUCAUGUAGUAAAUGUCCUCUCUUCUCUCAUUGAUGUGUGGAAGCCUUCAGAAGAUAACUCCGAGGACAUUUAUGGAAUUGAUCUUGACAUGACCUUACCACAAGCCCUGAAGAAGUGGCAGGCCUAUGGAGAUAGCAACCUCGACGAUUCUUCUUCAUCAUCCUUCCUUGCAAGUAGAGACAAUACCCAAACAAGCAUACCUACAAGGCCAUCAGGGUUUGCUGAAUCAUUUACCUCAUCCGAUGGAAGGUGAGGUGGAACAGAACUGGUUUCCUAUAUGGUGAGGCAUGAGCAGCUUAUGGAUUGAUCUUGAAGAUAUAUGUCACAAGUACCCCCGUCCUCCCCUUCUCCCCUUGUCUAUUGAUUCCUGUUAGCUACUUGUUUCUGUCCGACAUGCUUCCUGCUUUUCUCUGAUGUGUGGUGUUAGGAGGGGCGCUGAUUGUGAUUAUUUAGGAUCAUUAGAUUGUUUGUCUUCUAGAACAGGAUGUUUUGAGGAACUAAUCUGAGCAAUAUAUGUAUGUAGAUGCCUCGGCGGUAGACCCCUUUGUGAGAGCAUUGUUUGCAUUGUGCGUCUCAGGAGAGGAAUACAGAUAAAACCUCGAGUGGUAAAACUUAGUUCCCAAAUUUAGAAUCAACUGAGUGUGUAUUGUAUAGAAUUAAUAUUGGUAUGUUUUUGCAUAGUCAUAAAUUUUUUUCUAGAUAUUGUUAUCUUCAAUUAUGUGUUGGAUUAUGGUUUUUGGUUGUGUA